UUAGUGGGCGGCACUACCGUGACAAGGGAACCGAGUGGCAGCCAUUAAUGCUCUUCAGAGUGACCGCUCAGAGCACAAAUUUCUUGAUAAACUCGAUUUCUUUCUGCGACUGGAGUCAUGGUGUCUCACUCUCUUGCCCUGCCGAUGAUCUGCUUCACCACCCUGUGGGCGCUGGUGGGGGUUGUGGCUCCCUUUUUAGUGCCCAAAGGACCUAAUCGAGGGGUGAUUGUCACCAGUUUGAUUCUCACUGCUGUCUGCUGUUACCUCUUUUGGUUAAUAGCCAUCCUGGCGCAGACCAACCCUCUGUUUGGCCCUCAGCUGAAGAACGAAACCAUUUGGUACCUGACUUACUUCUGGGAGUAGACCAGGUGGCCCUCAUCAUCGCCAUCCUGAUUCUAACCUUGAUUUGAACAUGUACACACAUACACACAAAAAAAGCUACAUGUAAGAUGAAGACUACUGUACAGUUGACGUUUAUUUAAAUGUUUAUCGUUAUUUACAUUUACUUGUGCAAUCUUAGUUCCACUGGAUUGUUUACAUUUUUUAAACGUGUAUUUAUUUUGAUGUAAUGACUUCAGUGUUUUGUAACUGUUACCCCCCGAACAUGAUGUGAGACCCCCAAAAACCCCUCCUCAUCAUCCUCGUUGUCACGGUGAUCUGCUUGCCUGAUUCACACUAGGACGCAUGUAAGCUGGAUUUUAUCAUCUUUUCACACCACACACACACAGGAAAAUGUACAUUCGGCUAGAAAGUUGUGGGUUUGUAGCGCAUUUUUAAUACAGUACAGUAAAUUGUUUGAAUUUAAAAAUGUUCCCGUCGAAAAUAAUUGAAAUCUGUUGUAGAUCCCAUCCUAAAAAAAAGUCUAAAGGCAUUUUGUUUUAGUUAGUUUGUUGACUUGAUGUAGUAUAGAUAGUACAAUAGAUACAAAAUGUAUAUUUUUUAACAAACAUAAAAAGGUGUAUUCCGAAGGCCUCAUUUGUCAUCUUUAAUUGUCAUAAAAGUGUAAGAAUAAGUUAAAUAUUAAAAACAAUAAGACCAAGUUUUUCCAAGGCAAAACAAUGGACAUUUGUCGCCAUCCCAAAUCCUUUAUUUACUGUACAGGCCAGGUUUUAAGUCACAUUUUGUUGAAUUUUCCCCCUGAUAAAUAUGUUUUAAAAAUGUUAUAAUUUAAAAAAAAAACAUAACCACAACCAUGAAAAGAAGUUACCCCCAAAAUAUAAAGAGCAAAUGCGCAACUAUGAUUAGUUAUCAUAAUAGUGUACAAAAUGUAAAAAGUCUAAAAGGUAAAAACAAUAAAACCUCAAAUUUCCCAUUAGAAAUCAUGGAAGUAGAAAUCUGUUGCCAAUUUAAAACAUUUUGUAGAUUUGAGGGAAAAUAAUAGUUUUUAAAUCAAAUUAAUUCAUGAAUUUUUUUUAACAAGCACAAAAAUAAAUUAACCCUUCGUAAAAAGAAUGAAACAAGGGUGUAGUGCAAAUGCAAUCGAACUUGGCUUCUUUCAGCAUAAAUGUCAUAAGUGUUAACUCGACAGUAAAAAGUAAAAAAAAAAAACAAUUACCUCAAAUUUUCCCAUAGGAAAUAUAAAUCUCUCGCCACCUUAAAACAUAUAUUCAACUGUGCAGUUCAAGUAUACACAAUGUAACGGUGUAGCUUAGCUUUGAUAACCAGUGACGCUAGAGUUUUACUGCAACUUCCUGUUUAGUCUUCUUCUCUUAAGAGCCCUUGUUGUCACCCCAAAAAAGCCAAAGAAAAAGCAUACAGAGCUCUCGACAUCUCAUACCACCUCAGGGGAGUUGAACGUUGGAAUUUUCGCUGUAAACGGGUCAUACUUUGCUUUAAACAUUUUGUCUAAAGUGCUAGCCACUACCACAACAAAUCACCCUCCACCCCAUCCCAUGAACUCCUCCCCACCUCCUUCCUCGUUCUUUUUUUAAUUUAUUUUCCUUAAAACCACGAUGCGUCCGGCCAAAAAAAAAAAAAAAAAAAAAACGAAUCCAAA